AUGCAAAUAUCUUUCGACGAAGACGAAGACGAAGACGAUAUUACACAAGACACUUCACCAAACGAAGAUCCAUACGGCGGUCCAUUAUCCCAAGACCCUCUUUGUAUUUCAACCACAUCAAACAACAAAACGUGUCGUAAGAUAAUCAAAAGAAACAAUGUCGUCAUUGCUAUCUUUUGCAUCAUCCUAAUUGCUUUAUUUCCUUUGCAUGAAUGUGAAAAUAGCCAAACUCUCGAAGCAAAAAGUAAUGUAGCCAAACGUCCACCUUGCAUAUCGGUGAAUUGCGACGCUAAAGAUAAUAAUCGCACCUGUGCUUGUUGUAUCUCCACUGGGAACAGGUGUUACAACAGCAAAACAGAAUGUACGGCUGCGUGCAAGGAAUAA